CUCCAAACACUCCUCGUUGCUUACCAACUCAUUCCCAAUGAGCGCUUCUGGAUACGCCUGUGGUGCUCGCAAUUCUAGGACUAGAAAACGAAGAUGAAAUCCCUGCAUCCUCCUCUUCUGAUGCUGUUCUGGUGAAAACCAACCCGCUCGCUUGCAAGGAGGGCUGAACUCCUCUGACUCCGCGCCCAUCAUGAGGCCAACACAUUCGCUAUGGGCGCUCUUCGCCCUCGUCGCGGUCGCCUGUGCCGCUCACACGUCCAACUGGGCCGUUCUGGUGUCUACCUCUCGCUUCUGGUUCAACUACCGCCACCUGGCCAACACGCUCUCUCUCUACCGCACCGUCAAGCGACUCGGCAUUCCCGACUCCCAAAUCCUCCUCCUGCUCCCCGACGACAUGGCCUGCAACCCGCGCAACGCCUUCUCCGGGACCGUCUACUCCAACGCGGACCGGCGCAUGGACCUGUACGGCGAGAACGUCGAGGUCGACUACCGCGGCUACGAGGUCACGGUGGAGAACUUCAUCCGCCUGCUGACCGACCGCUGGGAGGAGGGCGUGCCUGCGAGCAAGAGACUGCAGACGGACGAGGGCAGCAACAUCCUGAUCUACAUGACGGGCCACGGGGGCAGCGAGUUCCUGAAGUUCCAGGACAGCGAGGAGAUCUCGAGCUGGGACCUGGCCGACGCGUUUUCGCAGAUGCGGGAGAAGAAGCGGUAUAACGAGAUGUUGUUCAUGAUCGACACGUGCCAGGCGAACACCCUCUAUCGGCAGUUCUACGCCCCGGGCAUCAUUGCGACGGGCUCUUCGGAAGAGGACGAGAGUUCAUACUCCCACCACGCGGACAACGACGUUGGCGUGGCCGUCAUCGACCGGUGGACGUACUAUGUUUUGGAGUUUCUGGAGACCCAGGUCACGGGGCCGACGUCGGACAAGACGUUGGGGGAUCUGUUCGACAGCUACGACGUGCAGAAGAUCCACUCGAACCCCGGGGUGAGGUGGGAUCUGUUCCCUGGCGGGGAGCAGGCCGGGCGGAGUCGCAGGGUCGUCGACUUUUUCGGGAAUGUCCAGAGUGUUGAGAUUCAGGGCAACAAAUCAGGGGUCGAGAGCCUGAAGGACGAUAUUGAGGGUUUGAAACGACUGGUACAGGAAUACGAGGCUUUCGCGGCCGCCCAGGAAAGCAACAAGACACAAAUGUCUGAUCUUCUGCAACAAAGGACAAGCGAGACCAAUGGCACUGCCCAGAGAGGCUUGUCGAAGCAGCGGGACCCCGUCGGCAGAAUGAAGGUGACAGAAAACACGCAGUGGGCUCGAAGAGUUGCUGGAGCGACCGUUCUGUCUGGACUUGCAGCACUGUGGUAUUUUGCCCCCAAGCUUGUCUGAGAAGAAAUCCACGUUCCAUCUCCCUCGCAACGACCUGUCAACACUGCUACGAACAGAUAACGGUGCUAGAAUCACGACUGCUCGGCUUCGUACGGGAUAGCCUUGUUCUUCUCCGCCCACAGCUUCUCCGCCUCGGAGAAUGGCGGGGGAGGAUCCAAUCCCUGGAUUCUCCAGAGAUCACGGGGCGUCUCAUAGAUGUGCAGUUCCCAUUCCAACUCGGCUCUGUCGAUGAUGUACGGUUUCAAGACCUACACCAGGGUGUCGUUAGACGGGUGUCCCAGGGAAUAUCGAGCCAAGAUUCAGCAUGACCCAAACAACUCUCAGCUGGACCAUGAGCAACUGCAAGGUCUGCCCGCAGAAGAUGAACGUAGGGGGAGCUGAUACAUACAUCAUUGAUUCGAUCCAUCCACGCCUUUCUCCUCGCUUUCCCCUCCUCGGUCUCGGGCCCCAUCAUCACCCUGGCGAUCUGCUCCACCACAAUCCUCACGAAAUUGUUCUUGGAUUCGCCGCCGACGAAGAUCCCCUUCUCGUCCACGUCGACGAAUAUGACGACGACAUAGAAGGGCGGGAGGCCGCGCGAGACGUAGAGGUCGGUGAUGGCCUUGGAGAUGCCCUCUCUCUGGGCCGAGGUGAAGAUCGACGGGUGGGAAAAGAUGCGCCAGAGAGGCAUGCUGAUGGAAUGCCUAAUAGAGUGAUGGGAGGGAAAGGUUGUGCUGUGUCUUGACUAAGCACGUGAGGGCUGUUGGUGUUCUUGCUCGUUGGAUUAGAGAGGAACUUUCUGUAGGAAAGGGGGAGAGGAGGAGGGCUGGAUAUAUAUCUUCUCACCAUGCCUCGGACCUGGGCUUUUGGAUAAUAUACGCCCUGCGAAGCAGGACGACAUGGCAUGAGAUCCACCACACGUCUCGGCAGUGCCCACCAUGGACCACAGUUGUACCGAGUACGAGUAGUAGUACAGAUGCUGCAUGACCUGGUAGCUUGUAGGGAGGUAGUAGAUCUGAUAUGACAGGGAUGAGGCCAGUGGAGCGUCAUCUUCGCCCUCGUUCUUAC